AUGCCACCACGAGGUAAGUAUUAUGUUGUUGAUUCUGGAUAUGCAAACACCCCUAAGUUACAAAAGAAGCACGCCAUUUUGAAGAUAUCGAUCCUGGAGGUGGCAAAUACUCUUAAGCAACUUUUCAAAUAUUAUCAUUUCUUCUUACGCAAUGUUAUCGAGCGUUGUUUUGACGUUUUGAAAACUAGAUUCCCUAUGUUGAAGCAUAUGCCUCCUUUUGCUCUCAAGAAACAAGCACACAUUGUUAUUGCAUGUUAUAUACUGCAUAACUUCAUUAGGAUCUACUCUGGUGACGACGCCCUGUUUGAAGAAUAUCAAAAUUAUUACAUGGGGGAGAAUGUCAAUGGAGUGCAAAGAGGACAAGAAAGAGAAGCAUAUGAUCUCAGUUCAAGCCAAACUCAAGCAAUGGAUGUACGACGUGAUGGAAUAGCAAACAAGUUUUUGAAUGACAUUCAAGCUAGACUUAUUUGGAAUUUGAUGUUGUACUUGUAUUGUGUUUAUUGGUAG